AUGGAAAAACCUACAAAUUAUAAAUCUAAGAACAAAAAAUCCACAACUAAUCCUAAGGCUAGCAAAAAGCGAAAAAGCGAUGGACCAACAUGUUCAAUGUUUCUUGCUGAACUAUCUAGAAAACUUGCUCACAAAAAACGACAAGAAGAACAAUCUCCUAAAAAUAUCGUGCAAACUAUAAUUAAUACCAUCAACAAUGCUCUACCAGUCAAAUUUUUAAAGAAAAUACCAUCCCGCAAGGAUUCACCAAUGAAAAUUGAAACUUUGCAAAUAUAUGCUCCCGAACUACUGCCGAACGAUACUAUAGAAGUUCCUCGACCUAUAAUUAUUAAUAAUCCCAGUCUUUCUACAUUAAAUAUUCAAGCUCCACCCCAUAGAUCAGGAUUUAAAAUACCUAGAAUGCCAUUAGUCAGUAGUGAAGUUUUUAAAAAGCCAGACAAAAAAGUGAAAUCAGUAACAGAAGAUGUUGCAGUUAAUACUGCAUGCGAUCAUGAUGUGGCAAGUGAGAUAUCAAAACAUGUAGUAACUUUGAAAAAAAUUUCACUCAUAGCACAAGAAUUUAACCAGAAAACAGCCAAAAACUUAAAAGAAAUCGUGGACAGUGUGCAAAAGGACUUAAUUAAAAAGCUAGAAGAAAUACAAGCUGAGCAAAGAGCUUCUUCAUCGAAAUCAGAGAAACAUAUUUCCUUAGAAGAACCUAGUGAACCUCAACGACAG